AGGUCGGAAGACCGGGGUGACGGUUCUUUAUUAGAAGAGCAAAGGUAAACUGGCAUUGUUUUACACUGGUCAAAGGGGGACAUUGCACCAGUUUUCAGAAGGAGGGAGACCUCGUCACCACCAGCUGUACUCACUGAAGUCUCUCCCGUUAACCGAAUCUCAAGUGUUUUGUCCCGCCCCCAUGUUUUGCUCUCGGAAGAAAUGCAUGGCUCUCUGUGGUCCUGCUGAACUCGAGGAAGUCCCCAGUGUUGACGUCCAUCCGUACUUCUCCUUAAUCAUCCUGAGAAGAGCCCUCGUGGAACUGCGUGAGCGCGUCAAUGACGUGUGUGACAGGGAGCUGUCCAGGAUCUCUAAACUGAUUAAAGAUGAGCAGAGUCUGUCAGCUGAGCCCGUCUCUGUUCCCAGACAUGCUGAAAUAGUUUCUCCUGCAGAUCUGCCACAAAGCGAACCAAAGACCAGGGCCGACUUUUUACAGCACUGCUUCGACGUGACAUUGGACCCGAACACGGUCAACUCCUACCUCUGCCUGUCCGACGGGAGCCGGAGGGUCAGCGCCACCUACGAGUCGCAGCACUACCCGGACCAUCCUGAGAGGUUUGCCACCUGGGCACAGGUGCUGGGUAGGGAGGGCCUCUCCGGACACUGCUACUGGGAGGUGGAGUGGGGUGGCAGUGGUGGGAUCGCUGUCGGGGCAGCCUACAAGGGGAUCACCCGGCACGGAGGGAGUGCGGAUGGCAGACUGGGCUGCAAUCCAAAAUCCUGGAGUCUGGACCUAUCUGAUGGGCUUUGCACAUUUCAGCACAAUAAAACCAGGAUAGACACACCUACUCCAAUUUCACCCAGGAUAGGAGUGUAUCUGGACCACAAGGCCGGGACGUUGGCCUUCUACUGUGUCUCUCCAAGAGGGGACACUAUGACCUUGUUACACAAAGUGCAGACUACCUUCUCCCAGCCACUCUACCCUGCAUUCUGGGUAGGACAGGGCUCCACUUUGAAGCUGUGUCCCAUUUUUAACUUCUCAGCUUAGGUACGGAGAUGCACACUGCAUCUACUUUGCACAUUUCUAUUUAUAAAAGAGUAGCCUGUGUCUGUGUGACUUAGAAAAUAUGGGGCAUAAUGGGGAUAAUAAAUGAAUAAAAAAAAAAACUUUACGAAUGUAUAAACUGGAAAAAAACAGCAUAAAACCUCUUUGUCCAUAAAGAUUAAUUUGUUUAUUCAUAACUGUGCGAUACAAAAGCAGCAGUAACUAAAUGAGGUGGUGUAGUGAUUGUAGAGGAUGAGCUCAAAUCUUAUUGAAGGCAGCAACGUCAACACUCUGGAC